GGGGCUUGUAGUCUAUUGACCCUCCAUAUUUGUACGUCAUUUCAUUUCUAUUUUCCCACAAUAGAGGCUGAGAAAGCAUCGGAUUUUAUAAGAUACUUUCAAGAUAUCACUCCGAGAUCUCAGAUAUCAGGUGCAAAAUGUCCUACGUCUUCAUCAACGACUCCCUGCAGACCACCGUGCCACUGCUGCAGGCCUGUAUCGACGGGGAUCUCGCUCACACUAAGCGGCUCCUGGAGUCCGGAUUCGACCCAAACACCAGGGACUGCCGUGGACGGACCGGAUUGCAUCUGGCUGCCGCUCGGGGAAACGUGGAGAUCUGCUCUUUGCUGCAUAAGUUUGGUGCUGAUCUGUUGGCCACUGACUCACAGGGCAACACGGCACUGCAUAUGUGUGGCCAUGUAGACACCAUCCAGUUCCUGGUGUCCAACGGCCUCAAGAUUGACAUCUGUAAUCACAACGGAGCCACUCCGCUGGUGCUGGCCAAGAGACGCGGUGUGAAUAAAGACGCGCUCCAUCUGCUGGAGGGGCUGGAGGAACAGGAGGUGAAGGGCUUCAACCGCAGCUCCCAUUCCAGUCUGGAGAAGAUGCACAUGGCUGAGAAUGAAAGUGCCAUGGAGAGCCACUCUCUUCUCAACCCACACCUGCAUCACAGCGAUGGCGUGUUGUCCAGCUUCCGCACUACAUGGCAGGAGUUUGUGGAAGAUCUUGGUUUCUGGCGAGUGCUCUUGCUGCUCCUCGUCAUUGCCCUGCUCUCACUCGGCAUUGCGUAUUACGUCAGCGGAGUCUUACCUUUCGCAUCUAAUCAGCUGGAGCUUGUGCACUAAUAUAAAAAUGUGAAAGCUCAUUAAAAACAUUUUUUUUUUAA